ACAUCAACUUAGGGCAAAUUUAAUCUAUGCCGAAUGAAAGAAUGCUGUGUCAUAAUACCGCAAAUAGAUUUUGUGUGAAAUAAAACAUCGUUAUUUUGUAAUAUCAGACGAGAAAGCAUUUAAAGUCUCAUUUACAGGUCUGGCACCAUGCUGGAAGGCUACAGCCCUGUGACCCAGGCCCUGCUGGGGACUCUGUUCACCUGGGGUCUGACUGCUGCCGGUGCAGCCCUGGUGUUUGUCUUCUCAAGCCGUCAGAAGCGUAUCUUGGAUGGAAGUCUAGGCUUUGCAGCUGGGGUAAUGCUUGCUGCUUCCUAUUGGUCACUGCUGGCACCGGCGAUCGGCAUGGCGGAGGAUUCCGGGAAGUAUGGCUCAUUUGCUUUCGUGCCCGUGGCUGUGGGAUUCACACUCGGGGCGGCCUUCGUUUACUUUGCUGACCUGGCCAUGCCUCUGCUGGGUGUAGGUGCCGACCCCCACAUCGCCCUGGCUCUUCCCCCCGAAUCCAAGCAGGCCAAAGAGAAAACAGACGAUCCCUCGUUCCAACCCUUGGACUCUGAUGAGAUGACCAUCAGGAUAGGUAGAGCUGGACAUCUCUCAGAUAAAAUGGACAAUGGAGAUGUGUACCAGAGGAGGAGAGGACCUCAUCCGGCCAGCUCAGAUGGACAAGAAACAGGAAGUAAACAGCAGGAUGGGGUUGGACAGACGGCGAGCAGCUGGCGACGAAUUGUUCUCCUCAUCCUUGCCAUCACCAUCCACAACAUUCCAGAGGGUUUGGCUGUGGGCGUUGGAUUCGGAGCCAUUGGAAAGACUUCAUCUGCUACCUUUGAAAGCGCCAGAAAUUUGGCCAUUGGUAUUGGCAUCCAGAAUUUCCCAGAAGGCUUGGCAGUGAGCCUGCCGCUCCGGGGUUCAGGAAUGUCAACAUGGAGAGCCUUCUGGUAUGGCCAGCUAAGCGGCAUGGUAGAGCCUAUUGCUGGGUUGCUAGGCGCCUUCGCUGUCGUCUUGGCAGAACCUUUGCUGCCGUAUGCGUUGGCGUUUGCUGCCGGGGCAAUGGUUUACGUGGUGGUGGAUGACAUCAUACCCGAGGCUCAAGUCAGUGGAAACGGGAAGCUGGCAUCCUGGACCUCCAUCCUGGGCUUCGUAGUGAUGAUGUCACUGGACGUCGGGCUGGGCUGAACUCACCGUGACAACUGGCGCCAUGUCAACAGAACACUCAAUGGCCAUGAUGUCAUCACUGUGCUGCUGACCUCGGUUUUUAAAAAAGGGGACCAAAUGAAGUGUUUUUAUCGUGAAACGCUGUUUAUCCGUUUUGUUUGAAUUGUUGCUACUUGAAAUUCAGCAGUGAGAACAGAAACACAGAGCUAUUUUGUAAAACAAGUAGUGAGGAUGACUGUACUUGAAAAGAUCUCUUUAAUGUGUUUUUUGUUUUCAUGUGUCACUUUUUUACAAAUGGAAGACAUUUAAUUUAGGAAUGCAUUUACAAAUAUUUAAUGAAUGUUCAGUAACACUUUAUAAAAAACAUUUAUAAAUGGU